GUUUUUUAUCGUUUUUAUUGAGUUUAUACGUUAAUCAUAGUAUUUAAUACAUUGCCCAAGUACUCAAUACUUGCUCACAAACAAAGUGGGGUAUUUUUGAAAAUCUAAAUUAAAAAAUGUUUAUCUAACCACUAUACAUUUUGAUUUGAGAGCUGAAAACUUGACCAAUCAGCGUGAAGCAUACAUAAUCAUUCUGAAACAACUUUUUGUCCAAAUUAUUGGGUUGACAUUGAGCUCCAUCAAGAUGCUGUAUUUAGAGGAUUAUUUGGAAAUGAUUGAGAACCUCCCAAUGGAAAUGCGGGAAAGGUUCACGGACAUGCGAGAGACAGAUUUAGAAGUACAAAAUGCCAUGGAUAGUCUAGAUGACAGAACAAAAACAUUUUUCAAGAAGUGCCAACAACCCAAUGUAAAACAAGACUGGAAAGAUGAACAGUUUGAUAAAAUUAAGCAGGACUAUAUGAAGGCACUAGAAGGUGCUGAUGAUAAAGUCCAGUUAGCAAAUCAAAUUUAUGACAUGGUCGACAGACAUUUACGAAAACUAGAUUUAGAACUUCAGAAAUUUAAAAUGGAACUUGAAGCAGACAAUGCAGGAAUUACAGAAAUUUUAGAAAAACGUUCCUUGGAACUAGACAAUCCCCCUGUGCACAAUAACCAUAAAGCAGAAAAGCGAAAAUACACGAUGUCCAAUGCCCUAGCGAGCCAUUUAGACAAACGACAGACAACAGAGAGGGUACUGUCUUCAUUAGCCCAUGAAGCUGCCAGGGAAACAUUUAAGACAAAUACCAGUUUAUAUAAUACUGUAGGAGGUGGAGGAUUAACUUUAGGUCAAGUCGGAGCACAAAGUAAUGCAGCUAUUGCGGCAGCAGCAUCACAAGCAAUUGCAGCAACACAGCAGGUCUUUAAGAUGCAGCAGGGCAGGAGAACAGGUAGUUUUAAAGCUAGUUACAAUGUAUUCAGUAACCCUCAGGUAGCCAAAGAUUUCAUCACGGCUGGGGCGGCCAUAGAGGCUCCACUUACCCCAGAAAGUGGGAGGUCGCAACGAACUAAAAAGCAAACCCAAAAAGCUGCAGCCUACCUACAGCAGCAGCAACAAAAACAGAGUGGUGCCCAGCCAACUCCCACACAACCCUUAUCAGCCCCCGCAACACCGCAGCCAUCACCUGCAGCCUCUUUAUCAACAGCAGCUACACCAGCACCACCUACAACGGUGGAGGAGAUGGUGACGGAGCCAUUUUUGGACGAAAAUGGCCAGCAAGGCGAGUGGUCGUACGAUCCAAAUGAACCUAGAUACUGUGUAUGUAACCAGGUUUCCUAUGGAGAUAUGGUUGGAUGUGAUAAUCAAGAUUGCCCAAUAGAGUGGUUCCAUUAUGGUUGUGUGGGACUCACACAGGCGCCAAAAGGAAAGUGGUACUGUCCGCAGUGCACGUCAGCCAUGAAGAGAAGAGGAAGGAGUACUGGUGAAAAACAGACAUGAAGAAGCUAUGUGUCCAGUUUUAUUGCUAUGAAAUAGAGACAUGUCUUUACAUUCACCCAGCAAAUUUGGCACAAAGUGCUCGUCACUUAUUAUUAUUCGUACAAUGUGGGAAAAAAAGGGUUGAUGAUGCAGACUUUACGUGGUUUUGUUCUUUUGAAUAAAAGAACAAUACAAAUAUGGUGUUUUAGCUGAGAGUUUAACUAUAUAGGUCUCCAAUUAAACUAGUCACUAGAUAAUACAACAAGAAUAUGUUUCUGUUGUGCACAGAGCUCUGUGGUUUUGCCAAUUACUAGUAUAUACUCCUUGUGUUAGUGUUGGUGAACUAAAAUCAUUAAUUUGGCUUUAGCAUAUUUAAUUAGUACAUACAGGUAAUUUGUUUAAAUUCAAUUUGCAAGUUUUAGUUAGAUAAUGGUUAGAUUAACAGAUUUUUAACCAAGAUUUGUAAUCGGUAACAUUAUAAAUUACUUAUACUUUCAGAAUUUAUUUAUCAGUUUCUUUUUCAUAUUCAAUUAUUUAUAUUCAUAUUUCAAUUACUGGAGAACUGUUAAAAAAUUCUACUAUUUCCAUUACUGCACUGUAUUGUCAAAGAGUCAAUUAGCCAGAUUCUGUUAUCUAUUCAUUUUAUUGUGCUCUGUAAAUUGUGUAAGACCAUGCAAGAAACAGAUUGAUAGGCUCUUCCCAGUACCUUCAUAAAAAGCCUGACUGAAUCCUUUAAAAUGCUAGCUGUGUUAGCUUAUUACUAGUAAUAAUUUUAAGUAAAAGCAGUAAAGAAACAGAUUGAACAAUUUACAGUAGAAAGGAAUUGGCAGCAGGGUGACACUCAGAAGUUAGUUGCCUGUGAUAUUAGAAGUAUAUACCCUGAGAUUUCCACAUAUUUCUUUCUUUAAAGAACCCAUAAAUAAAUGUGAAGUUU